AUGAAGAGAAGUCCGGAUGUCUCUGCUUUUGUGGCAAAAAGCGUACCCAUUGACAUUGAAGUCCAUGGGUUAAAGGCUAAAGUGCUUCUGAACAGCCCUCAGGAAGACAUCAUCCCAGCAAAGUAUCUUCAAAAGGCUGACCGAUCCUCCGUCGUGCAGCGUACUCCUUGGAUUUUACGAGGCGUGGAAGAUGCUCGCCAGGUGAACCUGGGCAAGUGGUCCAAAGUCGACGUCCGUUUCCGCGGAGUGUUUAGGAUGCUCAAGAAGGUGCCCCAAUUCAAGAAGGGCUUGUACCAGAAUGGAGAUCGCAGCAUCGAAGGCUACAGCCGCAAAUACAUAUUUGAGGACGCGGCCAGAGCACAGGGUCAGGUAGUCUACGCUCUUCUUGAAGAGGUUCUGAAGUUGCUGGAUAUCAAGCGAGAGAUGGACAGUCAUCUCACUUACUUCUUCCUCCGCGCGAGAUUGUUGAAUUGCCAUAUGGAAUACUGGACCGGCUAUCGUCAGAAGCAUCAGGAUGCCCCGCUUACAGCUGGAUGGGUUUGCGUCGACACACAUCCACCCGGUGUAUCCAAUAAGUCGAUUGUACCAAUUUCAACGACAACUCACGCAAAGCAGUCCCUCGAGUCGGCCCUGGAAGGAAAGUUCAAACUUCUUUUAACAAAUCUGCUACUUCAUAUCCAUAAAUUGCAUCCACCCGGUGACAAACUCCCCGACCAAGAGGUCUUCCUGGUCGGUCUGCAUGGGUCUCGGUUGCACAUCUUGCGUGCCAUAUUCCCGGGCUACAAAACCUCCAGAAUCUGGAGCGGUAGAUAUAACCCUUCUCCGCCCCAUACGGAUUCGACAAAGCUUUUCACCAAGAAUCAAAGUGAACGGUUCUACUCUAAGCAAAACGUAGAGCGAUUUUUUGAACGGAUUGAAUGGCAUAAGCUGUCAAAUGCGGACGGGGAGCGUGAUUUCCGCGUGUUUCGGAUUCUAGGAAGUCACGAGUAUGAUUUGUGGAUCAAGUCUGAGUUUCAGGCUGCAGUGAGGUUGAUCGUUGGUUUGACCAUGUACCUGAUGAGUGGACAAGCUCGUUGCGGUAUUCUUCAGCAUGCAUUCCGGCGUUUUCCAUACGAUGAGGAUGAUGAGCCCAACUCGGAAGACGAGAAAGGCGAGAUCCAAGCUGCAAAGGAAGAUAAGGAUGUCGCCGAAAAGGAGAAAGAGUUGGCUGAGCUGGAGAGGCAGAGGGCUGAGAAAGACCAAGAACGGGCCCGAACUCGAGACACUAUGCGGUCUUCUUCCAGUGACCGAAUCCGAGGCUUCGAAGAUUCUCGUCAAGCUUGGUGGGAAUGGGUCUGGGAAGAUAAGUUCGAUGAAGAACGCGAAAAGAAUGAUGAUGAUGAUGUGAUUUGCGAUGGUCAACAAUAG